AUGAUUUUAAAUCGUAUUGCUGCUGGAACAGGUGUGGACGGGUCAGCCUCGAAUAAACUCGGAGAUCCUCGUGGAAUCUUUGUCGACGUGAAUUUGGAUUUAUAUGUGGCAGAUUAUAAUAAUGAUCGUGUUCAAUUGUUCCAGUCGGGAGAAUCAAAUGGUAUCACAGUAGCUGGAAGUACAUCAGUAAAUCCAACAAUUACACUAGAGUGUCCAAACGGAAUUGUGUUAGAUGCUGAGAAAUAUUUAUUCGUUGUAGAGCAGCGUUAUCAUCGUAUUGUUGGUUCAAGCUUGAAUGGUUUUCGAUGUUUAGUUGGAUGUUAUGAAAAGAGUUCACAAUCCAGUCAAUUGUCUAGCCCAUUUAGUCUCAGCUUUGAUCAUUCCGGAAACAUAUUUGUUGCUGAUCAAAGAAACUCUCGAAUUCAAAAAUUUUUACUGAUGAAAGAUUCUUUUGGUAAGUUGAGGAAAACUUGAAUGAAAUGAAGAGAUGUGAGUAGAUAAGUAACAGAAUUUAGUAAAGACACUUCAAUGUAAAAAAACGAAAGCAAAUAAAAAUGAUAGUGAAAGAUUGAUCAAACCAAUGUGUAAAUGAAUGCAUCUAAGAAAAUGAAAUUGUCAGAUUAGACAGGGCCAUGUCUUGAUCGUAUAAGACAAACAAUCUUCAUCUUUUGGUUCAAAUUAAAGAAUAGAGAAAGAAAAAGUUCUGUCUUUAAUGCAGUAGUAGAAAUGGCUUUCAUGUUUCAUUUCAUAUGUCUCAAAGAAUAUUUCAUCCAUGAGACAGUUUUUAUCGAGAUAAAAUCUGUUCAUAUCUUUGUCGAUAUAGUUUUGAUAUAAAUUAUUCUAUAAUUUGACUUCAUAUCUUAUAUUUCGAUAUAUUUGAUUCGAGGAAAAUAGGACAAAUAAAAUGUGACAAUUCUAAUAACUAAUUUUUCUUCUUUUUUUAUGUGAAAAAUGAAUUUAGUCAUUGUUUCUCUUUGAGAGAAAUAAAUUUUAUUAAGAAAUAUUAUGAAAAAUGAAUUUUCUCGUAAAGAAAUAUUUGAUUGAUGAUUUGUUCUUUCAAUAGUCAUCAUAAUAUUUAAUUGUAGAGAGUAAUAUUCAAUGGUUAAAAAAAAUCUAUAAUUGUAAACAAAGAAUAUUUUCUAUGACAGAAUAAAGUUAUCUAUUUGAUAAAAUAAAUCAAAUCUCUUAUCCUGAUUUUGAAUAAAAAUAUUUAUUUGUUUUAUCAAAUUUAUUCAUUUAAGAUGGUCAAUGAGAGAAAUUGAUUUUUAAUCAAAUCUAUUUGAGAUUGUUCUUAAAUGAAAAUUUUACAUAAGUCAAUUAACAAAGUUUUGCUUACAUUUCUAAACUUCAAUGAGCAAAAUUUUUUCGAUUGAUAACUACUUUGUUAGUUUUACCAACAAUUAAAUUUCUUUUUCUUUUUCUUGAAGAUGUGUAGUUAAUGAUUAUUUUCGUUUUAAGAGAAUUAUUUAUUCUUUUCACAUGAGAAUAAACAUUUUCUUGUUUUGUUCUUUAUCUCAAAGGAAAAAUAUUGAAAUUUGUAAAAUACUAUUAAGAUUGCAAAGAAAGAUUUGUUUUAUUUAUAUUGAACAAAGACGAAAUAUUGUGAUCUUUGAUGAACCUUUGAAAUUUACUGAGAUAAAAAAUUUUCGUGCGAUAAUUUGUGGAAAGAACGUUUGUAGAGAGACAAGAAGGCUUUUUGCGGAUCAUAAAAAAUUGUCUUUUUUCUCUCAUUUUUUUCGUUCAGUACUGAUAUGACAUGUAGUGACAUUAUUUUUUAUUUCUGAACGAAAUUUUAUUCAGAUCUUCCACAAGAUUUUUCAAGAAAAAGUAAUAAUAAAAUUUCUUAUCUAAAAUGAUCAAUAUCGAUGUCUUAAACAAAAAUAUUUUAACAAUAUUGCAACUCUUAUUUCAUAUCAAAAUUAAUAAGAAUCAUUCCCAAAAUCAAUAUUAGCAAACAUUUCUAAAUGUCUUCUUUAUGAAAAAAUUCUUUGUAGAAACUUUAUUUUUCUUCUACAAAUAUAGAAACCAAUAGCUUCAUUUCGUUUACAGUUCCUCUCUAAUAUUCCUUAUAUUUUUCUUGUGUUUAGCUCUUUCAUUCAAUCAGCCACAGUUUUGCUCAAAAGCCACUUGGAAUUUCAAUGGAGUUACCUUUGCUAAUCAGUCGAUUGUCGGUCAAUAUCCUCUUGCCAUUUUUGGGAGCAAAAACGACACAAUCUAUGUUGCUAAUCGAGAGAAUAACACAAUAGUAAUGUGGCAUGAAGAGAGUAUCAAUCCAACAAAGAUCAUUCACGGUAAUUUUAUAGCAUCCAAUUCUCUCUUCGUGACAUCGAAUGGUGAUAUUUAUUUUGAUGAUGGUCACAAGAAUGGUCGAGUACAGAAAUGGAGUGCAGAAACCAAUACCUUUGUCACAGUGAUGAAUGUUAUCUCAUCAUGCUAUGGUUUGUUUGUCGAUGUCGCUGAUACUCUCUACUGUUCAAUGUCUGAUCAUCAUCAAGUAGUGA